CGGCAGACGAUAUUUGGCGUUUGAUAUUGCUAAUCUAUGGAAUGGGCAGCAGUCUGUGGCUCAUCGGACGCAGCGCACGCAGUGUACGUACCAUUCCGAAACCAAAUUCAAUUUCAAAUCCAACUCCGAAACUGUGCCCAACCCAAUCCAAUCCAGCCGCGUGCGUCGUUUGACUUUCACCAAAAAAUGACGUUGCGUUUGUCGAGCUGCGCGACCCGCUGCAACCUGCAGACAACUCGACGAUCGCAGACAACAACAACAACCACAUUUGUCCAAUGCACAUUAAUAUUUUUUCCAUGCAAACGUUUAAAGUGAAAUUUCCCAGCGUUCGCUUUCAUUAGAAAUGAAUCGCGGUUUGUGUUUCUGUGUGCAGCUUAUAACUUGCAUAAUAUAUGGAAGCGGGUUCUGUCAAUGGGGCUUAAGUCCAGUGAAAAAGGUUUUCAAAUUGGCUCGAAGCGAGAAAACACGAAAACUUCAUUAGCGCAUUGACAUGCAAGCGCCUGCCGCCCAUUUUUUGGGAAGCAAAAGGGGCGUGACCUUAAUCAAUUUACGCAUUAAUCUAAACCAGGCCAAUUGGCCCUUUAGGCUAACUCUAUAUAAACUAGUUUUCGAUUAAUUAUGAAAUAACAAUAACCAGGAAGCUGCCUAUAUGCGUUUCUCCAAGCUGCAGUUCGUUUAAUUGGUUACAAGACGUGUUUCUUUUUUAAACCAAUUGAAUAUUAUGCGAGACUCUUGUUAAGGUACACAACUGCCGUUAAGCUCUGCUCUUGUUCGCUUCCGAGGUGUACGCAAUUUGAUAAGUUAAUGCGGCGAGCAAUUUUAAUUUGAAUAAUUAAUAAUUGACUCCAUUGCCAGUACAGACCGUGGACAUUGUAAUAAGGAAGAGCCACAAGGUUCUAUAAAUCAUCCACUUGAUAUCGAAUGUGGUUCAGAUAUGAAGAUAUCGUACUUCAUCACUUUGACAAUCGCCAAUCGGCACUGAUCAUCGAAGCGCUCUUUCCAUAAGAUUUAUUUGUUUAUUACUAAAGGGCUAAAGGCGUGAGAAUUUCGAUAUCUGAAAAAAGUAUAGGGUAAUGCAAUUGAAAGUGAAAGGAUAAACUUAAUUGAUGAUGUACAAAAUAAGACAAUGGAAUGGUUCAAGAUUCUAAAAAACGUUAAAUGGAAAUUUCUUAUAGUUCCUAAAAAGAAUAAGGUUCGAGGACAUUUUCGAGCGGUUGUGAAGUUGGGCAAAUGCAUCAGGACUUAGGAAGGCCAUGUUAUUUCAAGGUCUCCGACGGUUCAAGUUUCGUUACAAUAUUACUGUUCUCUUGAUAAAAACUUUAUAUCAAAAAAAGCGAGAAAUUCUUAAGCCAGCUUAAAACGAAACUAAAAUAAACUAAUAUGAAAUACUAGAUGCAUAUUAUAUAUAGAUAAUUAAAAAUUUUAAUUAGAAAAAUUUUAAUUGAAUUUAUAUCUGCUUAAAUUAAAGAGUAGUAAGAGUAAAGAGUUGCUUAAAAAAAGGUGUCAUAUUUAAGAUUCUUUGGUGUUUGUUCAAAAUGUUUUGAGUUUCGUGGGCAAGCUAUAGUCAUGCCUGCCCUAGGGCAGUGCAAUAACCUUUUCAACUGACCACAGGCAAGGGAAGGGAAGAUUCUAUAGAACCUGCACAUAUAUCAAUAUUUGUCAUUGUCACGGACGAGCGUUAAAGCAUGUGAAUAUGCACUAUGGUUGAUUUAAUACCCGCUGAAGUCCAAUUGCUGACAAUGAAAAGUUCAAAUGGAAACAUACAUGAGAUUUUUCACUUUUAGUUAUACAAAACUGUGCUGAUUAUGAUGUUAAAGCUGAUGAUAAUGAUGAUGAUGGCGAUGAGUAUGUGUAAUUGUUGUAAUAUCGCUAAUGAGGAGAGCACACUAUAAAUCGAGCAUAUGACGACCAAACGAAAACAGAUUUGUUGGUGCUGCUUAUUAGCAUCGAACCUGCAGCUGCAACACGUUGCAUAGAGGUACGAUGUCUGGGCCGCCGACAUGCCGCUUCACCCCACCAUAUGGUUAACCAUGACCGCCACCAAUUACGGUAAGCCGCGACCAUGUCCACGGCUCUGUUUGUUGAUAAGCCACUUUCGAAUGCACAGCGCACUUGGCUAUUGACUGUUUUGUUGCUGUUGCUGUUGCUGUUGCUGCUGGUCUGCUGGCUGUUUGGCUGCGUCUGGCGCGGCAAGAAAUUCAGUUGCGCCGUUGAGCUCAAAGAGAAAACAACACACGAAUUACGCGCCAAGCGCCCAGCAGCUGUGAAAGUGUUGGCACUGCUGUUGGUCAAGUGGCCACAAGCGGCGACCGCCAAUCGAAAGGAAAUUUCGCAACGACAACAGCAAAAAUUAUAUGCACUUUUACUUGUUGUCAGUCUUUGCAUCAUCAUCAUCAUCAUCAUCAUCAUUCGCUAUCAUCGCCAUCAAUAACUCACAAUAAUUAUUGUUAUUAUGUACAAGCACACGGUCAAAUCAAAGCUGUCACAAGCGCGUAGCACACCGCCGUUGCCAGCUGCCACGCCCCAUAAACAGGCACACGGCCUGGGCGCUGGUAAAAAAUUCUUCUCGCACAUACGUCACAAAAUCGAGGAUAAUCUAACGCCCAAGCUGAGCGGAAAACUCUACUACAAGGGUAGCAAGCACACGCGCUCCAUGAGCGCACUCAGCCUAGUGGACAGCGGCGGCUGUGUGGGCGGCAAGUACACGCCCAACACGACGGCAGCAGCAGCAGCAACAGCGGAUUCGCCGACCUGUGCAACAGUCAGUGGCAAUCCGCUGCUAACAUUGAGUGGCAGCGUUUGCAGCUAUGUGGACAGCGAUGAGGAGAGUCACAUGAGCCUGAAUCUGACACAGCAAUCGCUAGAAGACGAGAUCUUUGCGGAGCUGGAGAAGGUCGCACACGAUGAGAGCAAACUGAACGAGGUGCUGCAGAGCUUCGAUCAAAUAUUGCAGGAGUAUCCACCAGUGGAGGACCUAGAUUUGCAGCUGGAACAGACAUUGCCACUGACGCUAACACUGCCACCGCCGCCAGCUGAGUUCAGUGAUCGCCAGCUGCUAUCGAAAUCACAUAGUUCGCUGAGCAUGGCUUCGAGCAGACGACAGAUCUACCAGACGCCGGAAUUGGCCAAUUCGAUGCUGUUGCGCCGUAGCGACUCCAGCUCGAAACAACGCUACAAUUCGUUGUGCGACAUCAGACAGUUAAGCGGCAGCCGCAUACCCAUAUCCAAGCACUCCAGUCUGCGCUGCCUGGAGAAGACCAAUGGCACGAGCAAACCGCAGCAAACACUGCCACAACAGCAGCCAAAGCAGCAACGCACCAGAUCCAUGCUGACACUUAGCAGUCGCAACUGCAGCAGAGCCAAUGCGGCAGCCAAAAUGAAGCCGCUGCCGGCGCCACCAGGUUCUGUUUUGCCGCCUAAGCGGGCCAACUCAACGCUGGAGCGUCGCCAGUUGGCGACCAAGCCGCCCAGACGUGCCAAUUCGACAUUGAAAGCGGCGGCCAAUCGAUCACCGAAUGCGCACAGCGAUGAGCUGUUGGUCAAGUGCCUGGCCAAGGGUCAUGACCUGCUGCGUCAAGUGGAGAGCCUAAAUGCCGGCAAACCACGGCCCAGUCGCGGCGUGAGUAAGGAGCACACGCAGCUGCUGCGACAUAAAAAGAAACAGCAGCUACAAAAGCUGCACUAUGCCAACGAGGAGAAAGUGGGCAAACCCAAGCUAGAAUCGUGCAAGAUAAUACCUCCCAAGCUGGGCGAGACCUCAGAUAAAAAUCAAGAGCUGCUGGUCAAAGUGGUGCAACAGCAGCAGCCGCCGCCACAACAUAAGCCAAUAAAAGCUGUUGAACAUAACUCAAACUCUGACUCAGAUGACUCGGGUCACAUAAGCAACACUGUGUUGUCAUCGGCAUCCAACUCCACCAGCAAUUCAACUGGCAGUCUGUGCGAGUCUGAGGGCGAGGGCGAGGGCGAAGUUGAAACAGAGCCGGCCAAAAGCUGCUGCAAGCCCAACAAAAUUGCUCAGCUAUUGCAAAAGUUUGAGGCCAGAUCCAAAUGCCAAACGGAUAGCAACCAUAUGAUUCCAACGAUGACGUCAACCACGACUAAAGUGGCGCAGGUGCGGGCGGUGCGCUGCAUACAAACGCAGGUGGAGAUCUAUCCCACCUAUAUGAAAGAGGUAACUAUGCAGCUGCACUAGCUAGCGACUCCCCAGCAAAGGCCCUACCAUAACUUAACCACUCUAUACGCUCCGGCUAUAUCUUUUAGUUACAACUAUUUCUUAACUAUUAACUGGAAUAAAUAUUGUUAUAAAAAAAAAACAAAAACAAGCCUCUUUGCCGCUUCUCUUCUGUUCUAUAUUUAUGUAUUUAUAUUAUUUAACACCUGGUUUCGGCUACUUGUUGCUUUUGUUUUUCGUAGUUUUUUUUUAGUGGUUGCCUCUUGUGCCGCCUCACCUCAGUUGUAAAACCCGCACAUACACACCCAUUUUCCCGGUUGGUCGCAAUUUCACAUUGGUUUACUUUCAUUUUUGAUCUACGUGCGCUGCAUAAUUUAAAAUUUUGAAAUAGUUUCUCGAAAAACGUCGCAAAUUCAGCGAAACACCGUUGACACACCCCGCAAAGGUGCGUCCAAUCUCAAGCCAAAUCCAAAGACUUUCAGCUAACUAAUUUGUAGUCUCAAUGGAGGCUCGCGACUUUGGCUCGAUUGCAUUUGUUUGUAGAGAGUCGGGCUGCCUAAUGGAAUUGACGCUUUUGUUUAUUUUUUAUUUUCUAUUUAGUGGUGAAUUUUUAUACCCUGUACCCCAUGGGUAUGGGUAAUGGGUAAUAACGGGUAUAAUGGUGUUGUGCAAAUUUUGUAAGAACCAGAAGAAAGUUUUUUUGAUCCCAUAAAGUGUAUAUGUACUUGGUAGGUAUUAAUGAGCAGAUUGAUCUGUCGAUCGAUAUAUGUUUAUUGCAUGCUGAGCUCGUCUCGUUUGAACAAAUUUUAUAUGUUAAGGUUUUUUUGGAGUAUAAACAAUUUGAAGAUAUGUUUAAGAAUGUUAUUUUUUAUAGAUGUGAUGAUAUUAAAGUAAAGUACGAAUGUUUGUAACGGCAGUUUUCGACUAGUUACAGGGUAUCCUCGAGGCCGGCAUUACUAACUAAAGCCCUCGUACUGGUUUUGUUAAAUCUUUUAUUACGUUCCUAGCAUUCUGCACAGGUGUGCAAAUUGGUGAGCUGUGCUCUUGUCCAGCUCUUUGCCUCUGCUGCUGUCAGCCACCUUGAACACCUUAACCUUCACUUCCUUGAAUUGAUUAAUUUUUGCUUUAUUUGUUUAAGUUGCCUUCUUGUAAGUGCAGCUGCGCUUAAACUUCACAUACAAAAUUGUGACUAUUUGAGCUGAGGAUGGGGCUAAGAACUUCACUUUAUGUAUAAGGCUGUCGGAAAUCCAUUUUUUAUAUUCUUUAUUUCGCCAUUGUCUACUGCAAGUCUAAUUAGGGUAUAAAUUGGAUUUCUGUUGAUGAACGCAUUUUAAUAUUAUUGUUUUAUUCAUAAGCAAUAGAGAAAAUUGCAGCUGUAAACAUCUGAAAAAAUGGUUAUUUUCACUUAAUGCCAAAUUGAAUAAAAAUCUUGCGUUUCGUAUUAAAAGGCACUUGAGUUUUUAAAAAAACUUAACUUAACUUCUUGAAUUGUUAAUAAACAUAACUUUCUGUCGAACGAAAAUGUUUGUUA